AUGAACAAAGUUUUGAAAUCUCAUAAACACAACAUCUCCGAUAUAAAUGAACUUCAAGCUACAUUAGACAGUAAAGCCGACAAGAACCAUACACAUAAAUCCUUCACUACUGUUAGAGCAGACGACAUAAUAUUGAACUAUACCCUUGGUUCAAGUGCACCUUUAGAGAAUCCAAGUACAAGCGUAAAAGAUACACUAAACUCCUUAAAUAGUAAAUGUAUGAACAUUGAAGGUCAUGUCAGAAACUUUGAAACACAUGAACUACCAGCAAUGUUAGAUAAAAAAGCAGAUAAAGAACAUACACAUAAAUCCUUCUCAACUGUUGCUAUAGAAAGUAUUGAAGGAACGGUUGGCGGAACUGGUGGGAAUGCAUUAUAUUAUAAACCUCCUAACUUUCCACAAGGUUUAACAUCGAAUGAAAACAUAACAACGAAGAAAGAAAUUAGCUGUAAAAAUGUUUAUGUCAUGGAUGAUGAAAAUAAUGUUAAAUUCACUGCUCAAGAUUUAUAUGAUAAUAAAGCUGACAAGAACCAUACACAUAAAUCCUUCACUACUGUUAGAGCAGACGACAUAAUAUUGAACUAUACCCUUGGUUCAAGUGCACCUUUAGAGAAUCCAAGUACAAGCGUAAAAGAUACUCUUAACAAUUUAGAUAACAGUUGCAGGAAUAUCGAAGAUCAUGCCAGAAACUUUGAAGCAUAUGAACUACCAACAAUGUUAGAUAAGAAAGCAGACAAAACAGAGCUUCAAACAUUAAAGACAGAAAUACUUCAAACAUUAUAUCCUGUUGGUUCUAUUUAUACAUCAAUGAACUCAACAAAUCCAUCAACAGUUUUAGGUUUUGGUAUGUGGAAGCAGAUUGUAGAUAAAUUCUUAUACUGUGCUAGAUAUUCAAAGCAAACAGGAGGUUCGAAGAAAAUUAAAGAAGCAAACCUUCCACCGCACACUCAUACAGGAACUACAAACACAACAGGUAAUCAUUCACAUUCAAUAACAAAAAGAGGUUAUAUAAAUCUUGCAGCAGGUUCGGAUAGACAGGGAAUGAAUAGAUAUGAUAUUUCAAGUGACCCAGUAGAUUCAAGCACAGGUAUUUUCUGUGGAACCACAGGAAAUCAUUCACACACUUUCACAACAAAUCCAACAGGCUCGGGUGCAGAUUAUAUGCCACCAUUUGUGACUAUAUUCGCAUGGUACCGCGUUCAAUGA